AUGCCGGGUCUACGCUUUACUACAGAGGCCACGACGAAAGAUGGCGAAUCUACGCCGAGCUGCAUCCCCCCUCUGCCGGCUGGCGACGCUGCCACUCCCAGAGACUCCUCCGCGCUCAUAGAGCAGAUCUUGACUUCACGAAAAGGUCUCGGCAUGGCCGCCGCCAAAGACAUCAAGCGUGGCACCCGCAUCAUCAGCGAGGAGCCUCUUCUGAUCAUCAACACCAACAAGGAAGUCGACAAGCACCUCCUCCAGGCGUUCUUCCGGCUCUCGCCCACGCAGCAUGAUCAACUCGCCGAGCUGUCCGAUUGCAAGCAGAACAAGUGUCCGAAAGCCCUCACCGUCUUCAUCAAUGAGCUGGAGAAGCAUCAUCAAUACAGCGGUAGAUAUCUCACAGCCGCAGCGCAGGACUUUGCAAAGAUGCACACCAUAUUCUACGCCAACGCAGUCAUGUUGGGACCCGAUGCUCAAUUCGGCAUCGGUAUCUCUCCUACCUACAGCCGCCUGAAUCAUUCCUGCACGCCCAAUGUCCAGCACAGCUACAAUGCUACCCUAGGGAGGGAAGUAGUCCAUGCCAUCAAAGACAUUCCCAAAGGCGAAGAACUUGUGACAGCGUACGUGUCGCUCCAGCGACCAACGUCGUUGCGAGUCGACGAAGUCGUGAAGAAAUGGGGUUUCGAGUGUAAAUGCGAGACCUGCUGUGGAGCAGAUCAGCUGGCAAGCGAGCGCCGACGUCAGAGAUUGUAUGAGAUUGAUCAAGGAUUCGCAUUUCUCAAGGAGCCUGUUGAUCACAGAAUCUAUGCGACAGCGUCUUUGCAUGGUAUGAUUCCCAAGACGGACGGAGUGGCUUUGCGUUGGGCUGAGGAGAGUGUUGAGCUGCUCAAGAUUGAGGGACUGGUGGGGAUGGAUAUGGCUAAAGCGUACCGCGAGUGUUCAAACUAUAGCCUCCGCGAGGGUCAAUUGGAGAAAGCCACGGCAUAUGCGCGAAAGGAGCUUGACAUCCAAAUUACGUGUUUGGGGGAAGACACUGCAUACUUGGCGCCUGCCGAUGAUGCCAGAGUAUGGAUCAAGCAUAUCGAGGACAUGUCCGGAGUUGAAAAGGUUCGCUUGCGCAUGAAUGAGAAGCGAGUGCAGAAGGAGCUGAAGAAAGUGGAGAAGAAGGCAGCAAAGAGAGCCGGGAAGCGGUAG